GCCAGUGGCGGCGCCACAUGGGGUGUCAGCGACACGUUCAAUUUUUCUUGUGCAAGAGCGUUUUUGUUUUUUUUUUGCUGAAAAAUACCUCAAAUUGUGAUUAUUCCCUAUUGAUUCCUACAUUGUGAGAUUAGCCUGUGUGUCAGGAAGUUUUAAUUAUGCCGCCGAAGAAGCCCCAACCAACCACCAGUAAGAAAGCCGAGCAGAAAAAGAAGGAGAAAGUUAUUGAGGACAAGACGUUUGGACUGAAGAACAAGAAGGGGGCAAAGCAGCAGAAAUUUAUCUCGCAGGUGGAGAAACAGGUGAAAAGUGGUGGACAGCAUCCACUGGCACCCAAUACCAAUGCCAAGAAGGAAGAGAAAGAGAGGAAAUUGCGGGAACAGAAGGAACUUUUGGCGAUAUUCAAGCCCGUCCAGAAUCAGAAAAUUGAGAAAGGAACCGAUCCCAAGUCCGUGGUUUGUGUCUUCUUCAAGCAGGGCCAGUGCACCAAGGGGGACAAAUGCAAGUUCUCGCACGAUCUGUCAGUGGAGCGUAAAGUGGAAAAGAGGUCACUGUAUGUGGACAUGAGGGACGAGAUGGGAGCCGAUGAGGAGGACACCAUGGAGAAUUGGAAUGAGGAAAAGUUGAAGGAAGUGGUGGAUAAGAAGCAUGGCAAGGAGAAGCGAAUGCCCACAACUGAUAUUAUCUGCAAAUAUUUCUUGGAUGCUGUGGAAAAGAAUAAAUACGGAUGGUUCUGGGAGUGUCCGAAUGGAGAAAAAUGCAUCUAUCGACAUGCACUGCCCCAGGGAUAUGUUCUCAAACGAGACAAGAAGAUUCUGGACAAGAAACCAGAAAUCUCACUCGUGGAUCUCAUUGAAUCCGAGAGAGCAGCCCUAGGAUCCCAACAAACUAGAGUCACUUUAGAGAGUUUCAUUGCGUGGAAGAAGCGGAAAAUCGAAGAGAAGAAGGAGAAAAUUCGCAAAGAGGAAGAGAAGAAGAGGAAUGAAUUUAAAUCCGGCAAGAAUAUUGGACUUUCCGGGAGAGAAAUGUUUAGCUUCAAUCCAGAUCUCGUGGACGAUGGUCAAAUGGAAGAUGGCGAUGUGGCUUUCGAUAGCUACGAACGUGAGGAUACAGAAGACGACAAGGGCAUUGAGUAUCGGGAAAUUGAUUUCAACAGUUUGUCUCUGGGCGAAGUGGAUGGAACGGGAACCGUGGCGACGGCUGAUCGCUUCCAUAGGCUGAAGGAGGAGGAGGAUGGGAAGGAGGAGGAGGAUGAGGACGAAGGUGCAGAAGCGAUUGAAGCUUCGGAUGCGGCGCCAAUCAAUGAAAAUCUUUUCCUAAGCGAAGACCUGGAAGGACUCGAUGAUGAAUUGAAUGAGCUUGAUAUUGAUAAAUGAGCCGCCCGAAGAGCAUUUUAAUUGAGCAUCGAGAAGAACUAAAUAAACAAGUCACUAACACACA